AUGAAGUUCCUGGUGCCACUGCUUUUUUUGGCGAUACAUUCUGCAUCGGCACAAUCGACCGUUUUUUGGCAGUACACCUACUACAAGAGCUUUUUGACCAGCCUCCGGGAAUGUGCCGAGUACUACGAAGUGUCUAACUGUGAUCUGAACGCCUACAUCGAGGCAUCCUACCCGAGCAAUGAAAUUGUUAAAAAGCUGAUCCGCUGUACUCUGUACGGAUUGGGCGCUUGGGAUGACAACGCUGGAGUUCAGGAAAACGUCAUUCAAUCAUUCUUUAUUCCGGCUCUGGAAGAUACCUGCUAUCUGGAUCGCACCAGGGAAUGUUUGAAGAGCAUUGAAUGUGGCAAUGUUUACGACAAAGCUUACGGUAGCUUCCAGUGUUAUUACAAUCACUUUGGGAAUCUGUCUCCUGAUGAGAAAUUUUUGCCCCUCUCCGGAGAAGAACUCGGACUGUUGGCUUCGCAAACCUUCGAUAUUGCAGAUCUUCCCCAAUGUGUCCUUCAGAAAUACGCUAAUGGACAUGUCCUUGAUCAGCCGAGUUUCCCAUUUGUGCUGUUCACUUAUCUGGUGCGAGGCGGCUAUUAUAGAAUCGAUGGAGGACUACAGCUGGGCAACAUGUUCGUUCAAUGGGGGAAAUCGGAACUGUUGACACCGGAAACGCAACAGUGUGUAGAGAAAGCAAUCCACGAAUCGGGUGAUUCAGCUCAGGUUGACAUAGUUCAUCGCAUCUACAGCAGCUGUCUUGGGGAAAUAUUACAUUUGGAUCAGGUGCUUGAAGCAAAUGCUAAGCUGCUGCGAGACGAAGAAGAUGUCAGCUGUAGCUGUAACGUUUGUGCAGAUGCCGAAGCCCCGAUAUAUAAUAAGGUUUAG